AUGGCCAUGUUCCUCCAUUUCGGACCCAACACUUUCACAAACUCCGAAUGGGGCUCCGGAAAAGCCGACCCGUCAGUUUUCAACCCGACCCAUCUCAACGCGACGCAAUGGGUCCAAAUCGCGAAAGACUCGGGUUUCUCUCGCGUCAUUCUCACCGCUAAGCACCACGACGGUUUCUGCCUCUGGCCCAGCGAAUACACCGAUUACUCCGUCAAAUCGAGUCCCUGGAGAAACGGAACCGGCGACGUACUCGCCGAAUUAGCCUCCGCGACGGCCGCCGCCGGAAUCGGACUCGGUCUUUACCUCUCUCCAUGGGAUCGGCACGAUCAAGCUUACGGGAAGACUCUGGAGUAUAACGAGUUUUAUCUGAGUCAAAUGACCGAGUUGCUAACCAAAUAUGGAGAGAUUAAAGAAGUUUGGUUAGAUGGAGCAAAAGGAGAAGGAGAGAAAGACAUGGAAUAUUUCUUCAACACUUGGUUUAGUUUGAUCCACCAGCUUCAACCAGGCGCCGUUAUAUUCUCCGACGCCGGUCCCGACGUCCGGUGGAUCGGUGACGAAGCUGGUCUCGCCGGCUCAACCUGCUGGUCACUCUUUAACCGGACCAAUGCCAAAAUCGGCGACACUGAUCCUCUGUAUUCUCAGGAAGGGGAUAGGUUUGGGCAAGAUUGGGUACCAGCGGAAUGUGAUGUAUCGAUUAGACCGGGUUGGUUUUGGCACGCAUUGGAGUCUCCUAAACCGGCGGUUCAGCUUUUGGAUAUAUACUAUAACUCGGUAGGAAGAAACUGUCUCUUCUUGCUCAACGUCCCUCCUAAUUCUUCAGGACUGAUAUCUGAGCAAGACAUCAAGGUUCUCGAGGAGUUUCACGAGAUGAAAACAUCGAUUUUCUCGAAUAACCUCGCCCGCAAAGCCGUGGUUAGCUCGAGCAGCGUCCGUGGUGGCUGGAGUUUGCAGUUUGGUGCUAAGAAUGUUUUGGAACAAGGGUUAGACAAGUAUUGGGCGCCAGAGGAGAAUCAGAAGGAAUGGGAGUUGUUCUUGGAGUUUCAAGAUUCGGUUAGGUUCAAUGUGUUGGAGAUUCAAGAACCGAUCCAAAUGGGUCAGAGGGUUGCUUCUUUUCAUCUGGAGAUGAAGAAUAGUGCAAGUGGGGAGUGGGAGAGAGUCGUGAGCGGCACCACGGUUGGGUACAAGAGGCUUAUUCGGUUUCCGAAAGUCGUCAAGUCACGGUCUUUGAAGCUUGUUGUGGACAGAGCGAGGACCGAUCCGCUUAUAUCGUACCUUGGAAUUUACAUGGAUAAGUUUAGUACAAGAAACUCAUCAAAGAUAACAACAAUCUCUAGGACACUAAAGGAAGAGCAACAAGUACUAGCAGUUAUUUCAAAGAAAUAA